GGGGAAAAAAGAGAGGAGAUAAGGAGGAGGGGGGAGAGAGAGAGAGAUUUAAACUCAUGCCACCGCAUCCUGGCAGCAGAAGCGCAUCUGGCCCCAGAGCCUGAGAGCGAGCGAGCGAGCGCGCAGAGAGAGAGAGCGCGCAGGAUGGCAAGGUUGCCUGGCAGAUGAAGGGGCAAAGCCACCCGACAGCAGGGGCUGUCUUGGCACCGAGGAGGGCACCGCCAGCAGGAGCAGAAGCUGGGACGAGAGAGGAGGGGGGGACCCCACACCUGACGAUGCCGCUUCUCCGCUGUACCUCGCCCCAUCCUCGCCCCUGGGGGGACAGCAGAAGGCAAGCGGCCGGGAGCCUCGAGAGCCUUUAGCGCUCCGGGUGGGCAUCGCGGGCUGCCCCUGCCAGCCUCGGUCCUCCCUGGCACCCCCUUGCUGCCCCUCCGGGCCGGCGUGCCAGAGAGAGCGCGGGGUGUUUUUCGGUUCCUUUCUUUCUUGGAGGGCAUCGGAAGGGAAGCGGAGCAACUUUGCCACCCCUUGGAGGGGGCAGCGUGGCUGGCUGGACUGGGCACCCCCUGGGCACCGCCGCCGCCGUCUCUCGAAGGAGGAGGAUGCGGUCCAUCGUGGCGGCCUGGGGGGGCAGCGAACAGGUGCCCGCCCCGGGCAGGCUGGCAGUGAGCGGUCUCUAAAGCCAAGAACUACUAGUCAGGAGUCCCCAAACAGCAGAAAAAGAAAGCAAAACCCAACCCAUUUCCUCUAGGAGGCGCUAUGGAGAAUGUCCACGAGCUACAGCACCCCCUACUGGCCAAGCCACCGGGAAGGGUGACUCUCCCAAGGGGGAUGCUAAGCCGAACAGGCCCCCACGAACAUCCCGGACUGCUCACACGGCCGGUGCCCCCCAACCUCUCCUGGCUACAGCCCAGCUCGGCCGUUCUAUCCAACCAGCUCCUGGAUCCCAGCAGCCUGCAGAGGACGGUGGAGCCCUACCGCACGCCAGAACCCACGCUGUACCCCGAGUUGUGGAAGCCAAAUAACCUUCAAGGGUGGAAGAAGAAAGAUUACAUCGAAACCACCUUUGGGGACAAGAAGGAGGCCGGAGAGCUACCCAGGAAAGUGGCCCUCGAGAAGGAUAUUCAUACUGUCUGCUACGAAGUGGGGGACACAGAGUUGCCUGAUCUAGAGAAUGAUUCAUCCAGCGACAGCGACACAGAAAGCGAGAGCAGCUUCUCCAUGCUCCUCCCUCAGGACUACCUGGGCUUAGCGGUGUUCUCCAUGUUGUGUUGCUUCUGGCCACUAGGCAUUGCUGCCUUUUACCUCUCCCAAAAGACCAACAAGGCGUCCGCCAAGGGGGACUACCCAGGCGCAUGGACCGCCUCCCGUCAGACCUUUGCGCUCGCUGUCCUGUCCAUCAUCCUCGGCAUAUGCACCUACAUCGGGGCCGUGGUGGCCCUCAUCGCCUACCUGUCGAACAAGGCGCCGACUUAGGGUCUCCAGGCCUGCUGGACACAGACGCUCACACACGCUCCCUUUCCCCCUUGGUGGCGGCAGGGACGCGGAUCUAGUGGUCUCCCUUCCACGUGUGUUUCCUGACAUCUGUUUGGCCGGAACAAAAAAAAUCCCUUCGACUCAACGCAGCAGCUCCUUGGAACCAAAACAGGAAGGCUGUGGAUUUGGUUGCAAGAAGUGCGGAAAAAAACACACCAAGGAUAACAGAAAGGGUUUUAUUUUUUUGGGGGGGGAAGCAUUGGCACCAUCUCAAUGUUGCCCUCAAAGCCCCUCCAGCCUCUGUAAGAAACCAGGCACCCCACUGCCAGGAUGGGACCGGGGAUUUUGGCUAGGUGCAUGACGGACCACCCGGGAUGGCUGCCCCCCACAGCAGGAGGGGGCAAGGGGUGCUGCUGGAUGGACAAAACGGACUCUCCCUGUCAUGCCCCGUGAACCCCACCCUGUAUCUGUCCUUCACACCUCCUUUUAUACAGAGCUCCGCACCCGAGCAAACUCUUUUGUGGUUUGAGAUCCCAAGUCAUGCGUGCAACCCCCCACUCCCGGUCCUCAAUAAACCAGCAGUGCUCAAUGGGACCCGGGCUCUCACAUGUUCUCCUCUGCCGUGGUGUCGAAACCUCACAGCUACCCAGAUGCCAGAGCACCAGAGACUUCUUUGAUGUGCGGAGGGCCUGAUGCACGCUCUACGGGGCGGUCACCUUGGCGGGUGCACGGGUGUGCUUUGACAUCAGGCCUUCUGAACCGGGUGCCUCUCUCCUUCCCAGCCCUCUGCACCAUGAUGGAGGCUGAGCCACUGCUUCUAGCUACCCUAUUUCCAUGCCUGUGUAUUCCUGGGCUGGCUUGGGAAGGGGGAAACUGCAGAAAGUGUGGUGCAAGAAAGCAGAAGCAGUCAGGAACAUGCAUUGUGAUCAGGGUCUUUUGAAGACACAAAGAGGCCUGGAGCAGGCGGGCCGCGUGACCCUCUCUCCAUCACUCCCUGGUACGACUCCAUGUCAGCUGAUGCAUGCCUCCAUGUGAAGCUUGGGGCAACCCCUACCCACGAUGCCCAACCACAAAAGGCCCCGGUUAUAACCUUUGCACCAAGACAGAAUCACGUUUACAUUAGAAAUGAGAAACAUACAGCCCCCCGGAUCUCGUUGAGCAACACAUCCCAUCAUCUCCCACCAUUGGCAGUUUUCACUAAGGCUGAUGGGAGAGAUAGUCCAAAAUACUCAAGAGGCUGGUGCCUGCUUUAUACUUAAAAGACAGCAGCAGGAAUAGGUAACUCUGGAGGCCGACCCUCUAAGAUCCAGCGUGGAUUGCCUCUGGAUGAAACCACAAGUAGGCAGACGUUCACUUUUGUUUUGAGUCUUUGACCUACUUUUCCACUUUUAUAAGGAAAAUGGGUGCAGAGUAAUAAAUCACAACUCCUGGAGGCUUGCAGGGGCACAAUUCUCCAUUGCGGGGGGCUUGUUGGCCCCCCAUAAUGGAUCAAAACAUGCCCUCAAUUCGGGUGCAAUUUACAAAAGUUGAAUUGCAGCCACGACACCAAUAAGGAAGCUGCUCUAUCCAGGAGCAGUCUACCACUGAUUCACCGAGUGCUGGGGACAAGGCAGGGCUUUGCUUAUUGGCUUCCUGGGAGAUGAUGCCUGGCUAGCGAUUCUUGGAAAAGGGCUCUAGAUUCGAGGAAGCCCUUGGCUUGACCGGGGCAUUGGCUUUCCUCCGGUUCGAGCAGCGCUGGCGUUGCUAAGCUGCAGGAGGAAAUGGAAAUUGCAAGGCACGCAAGACAAAACAGCAGGCCGGGAAAAAGGCAAAUAUGUUUUGUUGGACGUUAAGCUCUUUUAAGAAGGGCAAAAAAUAUACAGCACUGUCAAGAAAACUCCAGGAAAAUUCCAUUCUACUGCAAACUGGACC